UCCCUGCUCUCGGAGACAGAGCCACGCGCCCGAGCUCGCAGCCGCUCGCUGUCUCUCCCGGAGCUGCCGCCGCUGCUGCCACCGCCGAGAUGCCUCCCCCCGGCCUGGAGCUGAUGAGCGGCCGGGUGCUCCCGGCCUUCCUGCUCUGCAGCACGCUGCUAGUCAUCAAGAUGUACGUGGUGGCCAUCAUCACGGGCCAAGUGAGGCUUCGGAAGAAGGCUUUUGCCAACCCUGAGGAUGCUCAGAGACAUGGAGGCCUCCAGUAUUGCCGGACUGACCCAGAUGUGGAACGUUGUCUCAGAGCCCACCGGAAUGACAUGGAGACCAUCUACCCCUUCCUGUUCCUGGGCUUCGUCUACUCCUUCUUGGGGCCUGACCCCUUCGUUGCCUGGAUGCACUUCCUGGUCGUCUUCCUGGGCCGCAUGGUGCACACCGUGGCCUACCUGGGGAAGCUGCGGGCGCCCACCCGCUCUCUGGCCUACACCCUGGCCCAGCUUCCUUGCGCCUCCAUGGCCCUGCAGAUUGUCUGGGAAGCAGCUUGCCACCUGUGACCAGCCGCUGACACCUCCUCGGCCGCCAGACCCCUGGCCACGAGCCACCGGGAGACCAGGUGCCCCUUUGAGAUUGUGAUAGGCCCCGGGGCCUGGUUUCCUGGCAACCAGCUG